AUGUCUGCUGGGCAAACCCCUGCGAUCUUGUCUUGGGUCGAAGAAGUUGCGAGGAACGUGCCCAAAACCCCGCCUAAUACCGAUCGGUUCGAAAAGCCGUUGGGCAGCCCUUCAACUCCAGCAUCUCAACACAAACGCAAGAGGUCGGUGUUCGAAGCUGAGAAUUCGAAGUCGCAAUCAGAUCCUUUAAAGAGACCCUACCGAACUGCUUCUGAAACAGCAUCCUCAGUUUCUGUCCGUCUACCUGACGAUAUCAUCUCGCUGGCCCCCUCAAGUCCCGCAGCUAGUCGCGGUGGGAGAUCACGUUCAUCAAGUCCAUCACGCGUGAAAGCUGAACUAGCAGCCGCUAGUCCUAGGGUUGUGUACAUACCCGAAUCUGCCGACCCGAAAAGCGUCGCUGCGAGUCAAUUACUAGCAGCUCUAACUCAAGAUUCUGAGUUUGGCGUUAAUGACGAUGUGGCUCGGGAAGUCUCCAAUGCUUCGUCCCAAUGUGUCACUGAAUUGCGUAGUGAAGGUUCCUGGGUGAACAAGGUAGCACUGCCACUUUUGGAGGGCGCUGUUGCAGAACUAUCGUUAGAGUGUUGGAGCGUCCAAACCGAGUCCGUUGACCCCCUGUAUCAACCUCGAUACACAGCCCGAGAUACAUAUAAUCGCAAAAUUGACUUGGUUGUUGGUCUUCCCGUGAACGCUUGGGAAGUCGAAUAUGAACAGGCGGGACUCCAUACUCUCGGGACAUCUUUCAGCCAUAUGGCCCAUCCACACAGCGGGAAACGUGUUCUGGGCCCUGGGGUUGAGGUCAAAGCCGCGGAUGGAAAUUUGGUAGAAGCGGAAGUCCAGAUCGGAGUAUGGAUGACAGGACUCCUGAUGUGGGCUUUCGCACAGCGUAAGACCACGCAAGGCUUGCCUCCACUUGUUGGUUACACUGCUGUUGGACAGGACUGGAAAUUCUAUAUUGCUAUCGGAAUUGAAGGGUCCGGUGUCUUGAAAGAAGUACGUAUAUGGGGUCCUUUGUCCGAUCUUGAUGGUCGUACCACAAGUGUGAAACAUACCAGAUCUCUUCUGAGAACUCUUCGUCGAGUCAUGGAGUACACCGUCGGGCAGUACAAGGAUGGAAUUUUCCGAGCAAUGGCUUCUGGGGAUUAA